AGUUCUUGCGAGCCUGCAGCACAGUCAAUUACCGCCUCUACCGUCAUUUUGUUUUGCAUAAUCAACACAUCCUGCAUUGAGUUUGCUCAGGGGAGACUGCGUGUGGUUGCGGUCCACUUGCAGGCUUGCAAUAUUGCGCCAACUGUGCCUAGUUUGAAAACUUGCAGUGACUUUUUGAUGAUGAAUUUGAAUUUCUUGCCAAUCUUUCUCCUGGCAUUUACAGCUGUCAGUCCUCUUGGUGCACGAGCCAUGCCCGAGACCACUGAUGGCUUAUGCACUUGGGAGCGAUGUGGGAUCAAGUGUUUGGGUAGGAGGAUUGUGAACGCCGGUCCAUGCAUAAUCGGCGGACGUCCCAAUACUCAGUCAGUACUGUUGCAGUAUCACAUAAAAGUUAUUGCAUCACCAAUGAGGGGGAUGAAAACAAGGUCUGCUCAAAAGUGCCUUUCUUGCCUUCGACUGUUCUGGCAAGUUCAAGAACAAAAGAACAAGAUAUAUGAUACUGCGGUUGUAGAACAGAUCAGAACGAAAGCAGGGGAACAAAACUAUAAACAGUGUUUGCUACACACGUCACCAUGCGUGAUGCGUGAUGGUCCACAAACAUUGUCAGGAUCUCGAGUGAAAGAUACAAAACAUGCCGCUCUGCAUUGCGCAACGUGAUUGGCAUGUUAGCAACUUGGGCAGUAACCAGCCAUAUGCGCCAGUAGCGUGAUAAUUCGACCGCUGUGAAAUUCAAGCCUUGACAUUGUUUUGUUCUUGGAUCGCAAGGGGAGUGCGACUGGGGAGUUUGCCUGAAACUGACGGGUCAAGUCCAAGUCAAGUCGAACAUCAAGUACGCGUGAGAGUAAAUUACCAAAGAAGCGUGUACUGCCGUCGAGGCCACAGAUUACCCCCUCGCAUGCAAGUGC